AUGCAGCUCACCACCUUCAUCGCCAGCCUGAUGCUCGCCUCGGCCCCGGCCGUCCAGGCCAGGUUCUUCACCUUGUACGACGACAUCAACUAUGGCGGACAGCCUCACGCUGAGAACAGGCCCGAUGGCGCCACUUGCUGCACGUUGUUCCUUUGCUUAAACCGUGAUUGCCAAGGAAGCAGCUGGCAACAGCGCGGCGAUGCCCCGACUGUCCCGGCCUUUUUGAACGAUCACAUUUGGUCAUAUGCCAACCGUUGCUAA